UAUUGUCAUAUGCAUUUAUCUUCACUCUGAUGAGGGCUCAGACGUGAUAACACCCGUGGCCCCAUCCCUGUAGGAGCUGGCGUGCGUGUUACCUGCCGUCUGCCCUCCAUUAGCCACAGCUAUUGGAUUUCCCACCCAGAAUCUUUAGGUAAAUGAGAUCAUGAUUCUGGAAGGAAGUGGUGUAAUGAAUCUCAACCCCAGCAACAACCUCCUCCACCAGCAGUCAGCCUGGGCAGACAGCUAUCCCACGUGCAAUGUUUCCAGCGGGUUUUUUGGAGGCCAGUGGCAUGAAAUCCAUCCCCAGUACUGGACCAAGUACCAGGUGUGGGAAUGGCUCCAGCACCUCCUGGACACCAACCAGCUGGACGCCAACUGCAUCCCUUUCCAGGAGUUUGACAUCAGUGGCGAUCACCUCUGCAGCAUGAGUUUGCAGGAAUUCACCCGGGCAGCAGGGACAGCAGGGCAGCUCCUCUACAGCAAUUUGCAGCAUCUCAAAUGGAAUGGCCAGUGUGGUAGUGACCUGUUCCAGUCCACACACAAUGUUAUUGUCAAGACUGAACAAACUGACCAUUCCAUUAUGAAUACCUGGAAAGAAGAAAACUAUUUAUAUGACACCAACUAUGGUAACACAGUAGAUUUGUUGGACAGCAAGACUUUCUGCCGGGCCCAGAUCUCUAUGACAACUGCUGGUCAUGUUCCUGUAGCAGAGUCACCUGAUAUGAAGAAGGAACAAGACCACCCCACAAAAUCCCACACCAAAAAACACAAUCCCCGAGGAACUCACUUAUGGGAAUUUAUUCGAGACAUCCUUCUAAACCCUGACAAGAACCCAGGGCUAAUAAAGUGGGAAGAUCGGUCUGAGGGCAUCUUCAGGUUCUUGAAAUCAGAGGCUGUGGCUCAGCUAUGGGGGAAAAAGAAAAACAACAGCAGCAUGACCUAUGAGAAACUCAGCAGAGCGAUGAGAUAUUAUUACAAAAGAGAAAUUCUAGAACGUGUGGAUGGACGAAGACUGGUCUAUAAAUUUGGGAAGAAUGCACGUGGCUGGAGAGAAAAUGAAAAUUGAAGCUGCCAACACUUUGAACACAAACCCAAAUAUACCCCCAAAUGAUAACACACCAAGAACUUUCUGGACGUAAAUAUUUUUGAAGACAACUUUUCUCUGAUAUUUAUGCACCAAGAUGGGGAAAGAUCUACUUCUGAUGGGAAGAAGAAACAUUACAGUUGAUGAAAUUAUUUUGUACUUUGAAGUAUGUCCUAUAGGAAACAACCAUACACAGUUUUCUGUGAAAUACGAUGCUGUAUGUGGUUGUGAUUUAUUUUUUGCCUCAAUUGUGAAGUUAAUUUUCCACAGCAAGAAGAACAGAGCUUAUAGCCUUGUUUUUUGGUUAUGUUUUGUUUUGUUUUUUCAAGGAAAAAGAAAAAAAUCAGAGGGCAUUAAAUGUUUUUAUAUGCAAAAUGAUUUAAGAAAAGGUGGUAUGUCUGCCACACAUGUUUCCACAUGACCUCAUCAAGAGAGGUGGGCAUGGCUGCCACACUGAACUCCAGUGGCCCAGACAAUAUUUCUGAUGAACCAAAGGAUGCUGAGAAUUUUAACCUGAUCUUUUAACAGCCAGUGACUUCCCAAAAUCCAGGGUGGACUGUAGUCACUGCAUAACCACAUGUCUUGCAAUGUUUAAAUCAGUGAGAAGAAUAAUGGUGUAGGGCUUUAUACUCAUUCAGGAAUGAUUUACUUGAUGCCAAGGCUACCUUUUUCCUCCCCUAUGGAUGGCUGGUGAAAAAAAAAAUCAGUUGCUGCCUAUGCUUCUGUCUCAUUUAAGAGAGAGGGUUUAGCCUUGGUUAUGUUUACCCUCACUGCUUAAAAUUAAGAAGGAAGAAGGAGAUGUUAUUAAGUUGUUCUUGGAACUCUUGAGUCCAGAAUUUCUUCAAGUUUGAUAUUUUUAAUUGAAUAAUUGUUUGUGAUACAUUGUGGCACACUGUCCUGUACAUUGUAGGAUAGUUAGCAGUAUCCAUAACCUUUGUGUACUAAUUGCCAGUAGCACUCCUAUUCCCAAAGUUGUGAAAAUCAAAAAUGUGUCCAGAUAUUAUGUAAUGUCCUUGAGAAGGAAACUACCUUUGACUGAGAACCACCCAUCUGACUGGUCUAGAAGAUGAUGUAUUCUCACAGUAAAAAGAUAUGUAAGAUCUCUUACUCCCUAAGGUAAAACAAAAACAAGACUUAAAAAUCAAUUUAGUUUACAUUUUUAAGACAUUAGGGAUGAUGGAUUGAAAAUAUUUAGAGUGACUUCUCUAGACCCUCAGGUAAGAGUCAUAGAUAAAUUAAACAUAAUAGUAUAUCUAGAAUUAUAACAAUUAUUUCACUGGAAUUAUAGAAUCAAUUAUAUUACAGAAUCAAACACUGGGAGGAGAGAGAGAGAGAAAGUUAUAGGGAGAAUCUUUGUACAUAUUAAUUGUUAAAGCCUUUCUUCGUCAUCUUUUCCCUCAUCUCAUCUGAACUCAUGUUAAAGGGAAUAUUAUAUGUACUAGAUUUGUGUCCAGAGGAAAUUUUUAUAAAAUACAAGAAGAAAAAAAUAAGGAAGGAUGGAAAUUAAAAACCAAAAAACUCAACUCAAGAGUUAUCAUCAGUAAGGAUUUGGAGACUUUUUUCAGUGAUGGGAUCAUUCUAGGGUUCACAGGAUUAUCACUGUGUCCUAUGAUAUGGAAGGAAUGAGAAACUGUAGUCACUUGCAAGAUGAAAUCCAGUAUUCAGAUUUCUUUUGAAACUUGCUAGUUUGGCUAUCCAAGACUUUGACGUCCUUCCCCACUUCUCUUUAUUGUGAUCAAUAAUGUGAGGAUGAAGCUCUUUAUUAACUCUGAGUCACUUCCACAGUGUUUAUCCAUUCAUUGUCAAAAGUUCUAUCUGUUUGCAAUAUAUUUAGAAGGUUGAGAUUAAAAAGAGCCAAAUACUUGUAAUUGCAACGAAAAAAAUCAUGAUUUCACUAGGUUAGUGAGAUGAAUGAUCUUUGGAAAGUACAACCAAGUUUCUUUUUAAUUCUGCUUAGGUGGGUGCCCUCUCCAGAGGUGUUGCUUAUUAUUGUCAGGUAACAGUUACAGAAGGGAUGGAAAGAAAUAACAAUGGUCUGCACAGGUCUAUGAAACUGAGGCAUUCUUGCAUAAAAGAUAUAACUUGCUUCUGGAGUAGGGAUAAAGGCCUUCCCAGUGUUCUACUAUAUUUUACAAAGAAUAAAUUAAGCAUUUAAGUAUUUGCCUUAGUCUAAUUACAUGAAUUUUAUGGGUCUCUGUGUAUCUGAACUGUACAAAGGGCUAUCUGCCACUCUGCCUUUUUUUGUUGUUGUUCUUUUUCUCUGGCUCUGUCUGUUCAUCACCUAGGAAGCUGUAUCUUUCCUUGUACCUCUAAACUUGGAAGUUUCUCACAUUCCUCCAAAUUGGCCUUGGCUUUUUCUGCACCUUCUAUAUUGAAGAACAACCCCUGCUAGGUAGUGAGUGAGUCUGGGGAAUACCAAUGAGAACAGUUCUUUAGAUAAUUAGAAAACUGUUAUUUAUUGAAAGUGACAACUUCUUGGCAUCUGGUUCCUGCUUAAGUCUACUGAAGUAUUAAGUUCUCAGUAUAUCUUUCUAUUGUCUUGGCUUGAGUUUGAUGCAUUUUCUGUGUGUUGUUCGUGACUUGGAGAACUCCAGGUAACUGAGCCAUGCCAACUUGGGGUGUGAACAGAAUACUUCCCACUGCAGUGUUGAAAGGGAGAUCAAAAUCCCACAGAUAAGCCAGCAUCAGGUGAGCCCCCCUUCUUUUGGGAACACAAGAAGAAGCUUGUCUGUGUCAGAUGCUCUCCUGGUUACUACACAUGGUCUCCUUGAAAUCUUUAAGGCAAAACUUUUGGUUCUUAUAUAUAGUUUUCAUGGGAAUCUAAGGAAGAAAAUGUGACACUAAGACUUUAGGAGGAUCAGAUUAACUGAGGCACCUAAACAGUUUAUUUGAUUGAGUAAGAUUCUAGCUCCCAGGCACAUCCCUAGAGCUUCUUAAACUUGCUUUCUGAACAGAGUAAACCAGAUUAUACAUUUUUCUUUGAAUAGUCCAUAUCUUGUUAGACAAAAAAAAAAAAAACUCUUCAUAGAAAUAUAGAAGAUUUGCCCAUGUUUAGCUAGAGAUAGAUUGAGAUGAUAGCAUUGUGACCCUAAAUAUAUGUUGAGUUAAUGAGUGAAUUUCUUCUGGAAGACUCCUUGUAUUAGGAGACUUAAUCCACAAAUAGCACAUGAAUCUUUUCUUCACUGGAAUAAGAGCAUAACAGCCAAAAUGCCAAGGACAUUAUCCAUCACCUGGAUGUUUUACUGUGAUUUUUUUUUUUUUUUUUUUUUUUUUUUUGCCUUCCUACCUGUGCUGAAGUUAAAACCCAGAUAGACUUUUUGGGUCUGCAAGUGAAUAGAUGUUGGAUGAGAAUUCUGUUGCCUUAUUAAGAACUGUGAGACUUAACUGGUGCAAGAAGCCAGUGAUGAACCUUUGACCUGUCUUAACUGAUGAAGAUUAUGAAUGUGUUUAUAUGAUGUAAAAAGACUAUUUAAGUGUAAAGCAGUUCUAAGUUUUAGGGGUUUUUUUUGGGGGGGUUGGUUUAUAUAUAUAUAUAUGUAUAUAUAUUCUUUUUGAAAAAUACUAAGGGAUCUUUUGAUAAGUCUAGUCAAGCAUGUUAGAUUCUAGUUUUGCAAGUAUGCUUUUUUCCCCCCAAAUAUAUAAAAUAUUGGAAAAAUGGUAAGAGGAAAAGGCAAUGAUACCAUUCUAUAGUUUAAAAUAAUUGUCACAUACCUACUAUAUGUAUGGUGUGGUAUGAGAUAGGUGAGAAGCAUAUCUAAUUAUUUAUAGGUAUAAUAGAUAUUUCAUAUGAAUCAAUUGCUUUGAUAUUUAUCAUAUAUUUUAUAAAAAGAAUAACACAGCAAUCACACUAUCAGAGCUGAAUUAUCCUCAGCAUGGGUUCUUGGAAUUUCAUUUCUGGAAUAAGAAAUAUAGCAUUAAAAAAAAAAAAACCAAAAAACCCCAACACCAACAUGUUGAGACUGUGCCUUAUAAGCCACUGAAAUGUAUAUGCCUUUACAAGUUUAUCUACAUCAGGAUUAAUCUCUGUUGCUAGCUGUGUAAUUCUUGCUUUUCUCCCCAUUGGGCUUCUAAGUUAAGAAAUUUGUGGAAAAUAACCUUACUGCUGCCAUUUUUUAAAAGAAUCAGAAACUUUCCCCUUGAAACUAUGGUAAAUUCAAAUCAAGUAUUUCUGUCUUAUGGAAGAAUUAUAAUUUUCAAAAUGUGUUUUUUGUUUGAUGGGUCCCAGAAAACACUAAUAAAAAUCACAGAUAACCAGA